AUGUCGCAGGAAUGUACAACCUUCUUGAUUGAUUCAUCACCUUCCAUGAAACAACACUCCAUUAGGUUUGAAACUUAUCUGGAAUUUGUUCUUUUCGAAAAGGCCCAAAAAGCUAGAAAGACGGAUUACUCUCAGGUAGUGCUUGCAAAUUCUCCAAUUGAAAAAAAUGACAGUGAUGUUCGUAAUAUGUAUGAACUAUAUCCUCCAAAUGCUCCAAUAACAUUAAACUCAAUAGUGAAGAUAUUUGAGCGUUUAAGAGAAGUCCGCGCUGUGGAACAAUUGAAAGAAUUGAAGGACAGUAAGCUUCUGGAUGCUUUACUAUCGAUUGGAAUUCAAAUAGCCGUAAAAUUCAACAAGAAGAAGGUGUUAAAGCAAGUAUUAGUUGUUACAGAUGACCUAGAGGGACUAAAUAUAGAGGAGGGCGAAUUAGAGCUAUUACAAGCGCAUCUGGAACUGAGACUAAUUCUGGUUUACUGUGGCGAUUCAUUUCCUGAUAAUUUUCGAAAGACAAAGUGGGGUACUUUGCUAGCCUUCAACGAGGGCUCUAUGAAGUUUACUUUGAAUGAAAUACUACAAACUGUGCAGAAACCCAAGCAUAAACCGGUAAAGCCAGUAAGGGUAUUUCAGGGCCCAUUACGACUGGGGGCAGACUUCGAAAAUUUGGACGGUGCUCAAGACGAUCCCUUUUGUAUUUGCAUAAAUGUGGAAGGAUAUCCUGCAACGAAACCGGUCUCUCUACAAAGUCGGAAAUAUGUCUAUAAAACAAACGAAGGUGCAUAUAUCCCCCUAAAAUCUGUUAUAGAAUACGAAAUACACGGACCAUCUACUAAUCAGGAUGAGGAGUAUACUUCCGUUCCAGUAACUAAUGAUCAUAUAGUAAAAGCUUUUCGAUAUGGUGCAGACUAUGUUGUGCUACCGGAGGUACUAGAAACGGAAAGAACCCACGAAACUUCAGCAGGUCUAGACAUUAGAGGAUUUUGUGACCUAUACAAUAUCCCUAGACACUACUUAUGUGGCGAAUCUGUAUAUAUCAUAGCAGAUAGUAAGGAUGGUACAGAUGCAGAUUACAUAGCUUUUGCUGCUCUGGUUGAUGCUAUGGUAGAGUCGAAAAAGGCCGCAAUUGCUCGCUAUGUUCAAAAAAGUAAUAGUGAAGUACAGAUGUGUGUUUUGUCCCCAUUGCUGGUCAACCACCCAUCAAAAAAACGUACAAGCGAUGAUCUUGAUGCAGAAUCAAAAAGGUCACUUGUUCUAUGUCGAUUACCUUUCGCGGAAGAUGAACGAGUAAGCGAUUUCCCUCCAUUCACUUGGAAGCAGCCAAAAGACGAAUCAAUUGAUAAACUUAUGGACGAUUUUGUUGAUUCCAUGCAUUUAGGAAUUGUAAAGAGAGAGGAACCAACAUCUUGGUGUUCUAGCAAAUUCAUUUUGCCAUAUGAUGCAGUACAAAAGGACAGUUCACUACCACUACCUUCCGACUAUCCUACAAAAGAAGACCUCAAUUCUCCAAUACAUAUACCGGCAAUUGCACUUCAUAGACAAAAGCAAGCUUUGCUCAAGUGCUUUCACCACCAGUAUCUCCAAGGCCGAAAUGGAGACUUUGCUAUCGGAGAAAUGUACGAACCACUACAGCAUAAAAUCACGCCUCAAAAAUCUAGGAAGACAGAUUCAUUAGCUCUGCUUCUUAAAUCUAAACUAGGUGUAAAGCCUGCUGAGAAACAUGAUACUACCAUUCCUAGUGACGAAAUUUACGAUGAUAAUGACGCUGGCGAUGACUCGCUUUCAUUAGAAAAGCUAUUGGAUUUAGGCAAGAGAUCUUCUUGA